CAAGAGGCCUCAUGUGUUUUUCUUCUUGUAAUCUGUUAAAAGUAGGCAGGCAGCGCAACAUUAGUGUAAAAGAACCUCCUGUAACUCAUUUUUUCCUCUUCUUACCACCAGGAUUGUGCUUAACAUCUAAAGGUUGUUGCUUUUUUUUUUUUUCUCACACCGGUUGAAGAAGCUGAGAAUGUUGCUCAGGUUGACUUUUUGCAGCAAGAGCCAGUCCUGAAUGUGUUCAACGGCCAACUAUGUUCUCCCACCGAGGAGAACCUGUGAGGUAUUAGCCACUCCAGGCAAGCUGUGUGGGGGAGUGUCCAUGUCAGCUAAUUUCCCUGGAACCAGGCCUCAUGGAGCCCCUCAGGACACAGAGAUGGAUGUGGCAUGGCAGGAGCUGAUGGCCAUCACAGAGCUCCAGUUUGAAGUCCCUGCUGAAGGCUCCUAUGAAACAACACAGUACCAAAACAUGGAUCCCAUGGGGCCUAUGGGAGGAUACGGGAUGAGUCACUCCCAUUCUGAGCCUCCUCCUGCAUCUGCUUGUCAGCUAAGCACUGCUGAGACCUACAAUGGAUGUUACUCUAAAGGGGUGCCUGCCUGUCAUCGACUAGGCAGCAACGCAGAGGCCAUGUAUGCACACUCUGAUUCGCAGCUCAGCCAAAGAAUGCUCCCGGUCUCUUUUCACACGCAGCCCUCACUCAUGGCUCCAAGGGAACAGAUGAACAUGUCAGGCACCAGCCAAGGGCACAGGAGGGCCAAUGUUUGUCUCUCUCAGGGUCUAAGUCGUCACAUGCCGUGGACUACGCAUGGUCAAAAUUUGCAUGCUCGCUCAGCUGAUGAUCUGGAGUCGGACUCUGGUCUCUCUCUGGGUUCUAGCCCACCUUUGGCCUCCCCAGACAAUCCUGUUGGUGGUGCACCAGGUUAUCAGAGUGUAGACAUGGGUAUGACAUACAGCGAUGGGGAACCAGACAGCAUGACUGAGCACACCAGAGGAGCCCACAUCCAUUACUCAAUGGACUACCAGAGUCAGUCGCAAUCAUAUUUACACUCAGGUGCACAUCAGUCUUAUUUUUCACCCCAACCCACUUUAUCUCAUACAUCAUCUGAUGCCCAGACUCCUUGGUCAGUCAAACAGCAGUGUCACACCACUGCUCUGAACAACCUCUACAUGGACUCUGGAGUGUCCAGCAGAGGGAGCUCACAGCAAAACAUGCAUACAAAACCACAAGGAAGCAUUUCCUCCCCUGCACCACUCAGCAGAGAUGAGCGGCGGGCCAUGGCUUUGAAAAUCCCCUUCCCCAUGGACAAGAUUAUCAAUCUACCCGUAGAUGACUUCAAUGAGCUCCUGACACAGUACACUCUUACAGAUACUCAACUAGCACUGGUCAGAGACAUCAGGCGGAGAGGGAAGAACAAGGUGGCAGCACAAAACUGCAGGAAAAGGAAGCUUGAGAGCAUCAUUCAUCUCGAAAGAGAACUGAACCAGCUGCAGGCCCAGAGAGAGCACCUGGCAAAGGAGAGGCUUGAGUUCAAACGCAGCUUGGCUUUUGUUAAAUGUCGCCUCACAGACCUCUAUUCAGAAGUAUUUUCUCACUUAAGAGAUGAAGACGGACAACCAUAUUCCAUAGACGACUACUCUCUCCAACAGACACCAGAUGGUAAAAUUUAUUUGGUACCUCACACAGAGCUGCAAAAGAGAGACCAGUGCUGAGGACUUGGGGGUCGGGAGACAGUGUCAUUAUUUAAUACCCUUACAGAAGGUAUACUGCCUGAUUGUGCCAACUGAAGUACAUGAACUGGCUGGAAGCUACACACUCCUUGUGGUUAUGACUUAAUCCUCACAUUAAAUCAAUGGACACUUUUCAUGCUCCUCCAAUUGACUGAAACCACACCAAAGUGCUUUAUAAAAAAAUACUUUAUUAAAAAAAGAGUUAAAAAAAUACAAGUUAAAAAGGUUUUUAAAAGUCUUCAGCAGCAGCAUGUUAAGUCAGCAAACCUGUGAAAACAAAAUCAACUUAAAUUAAAAAAAACAAACAAAAAGAACUUGUGAAAUGUGAUUUGAUAAUUGUACCUGAUUGAGCCAUUGUCACUGUCAUUGAAAUGAAGUCAGGUUCUGCGGACCAUGUGGUUUCCUAGAAAGCAGAAAAUCCACAUAAGUAAAAAAAAUGUCGACUUGAAAAGAAUAAAAAGUGUCUUCAUUUCUGUUCAGCGCAUGCAAUUUUAUGUUGUAGGGCCUCUAUGCACAAUUAGGAGGCCAAUUUUACCAGUCAACAUUGGUCAUAAUAAAGCUUGUUUGCAAAUGUUACAUCAUUAUUGGGCUACAUAACUCACUACCAGCUACAUGACAAAAGCAAGACAUACUAUCAGUAGUUGAGAAGUCUGGUCUUACCUACAAACAGCAUUUAAGCCUUUGGUAGCUGCUGCCUGCUAGCCUCAGGCUUCUGUUCUCACUCUCACCUGCUUCAAUGAUCCUGGCGAUGGUUUUGCUACUUCUCUCCCUCAGCUGGCUUCCAUGGCUAGCCUCAAAGACUUUGCAUGUAAGCUAGCAUCCUCCAGAUGAUCUUUGCAGAACUCAGGGUAGAGUCUGUACCAAGUGAUGACUGAUGAAUUUGUACACCACUCCUCAUCCCUCAGUGUUGUAAAUGUAUUGACCUAUGGAGUGUGUGGUGACUAGUGCAGUGCUUCGCAUACAUCUCAGGAAAAAUCAGCUUUUCCACACUCACACCCCCACUUUGUGCAGCAGCUAACAGUGAACCCUCCCUUUCCCAAACCACUAAAGAGGCUAACGAGACUUGCAUUUUUUUUAAAAAACUGAAAGAUGGUUUAUUUCAGUUUGAUUUUAUGCAGUUACAAAUAAAAAUCAGACUUAGAAGAAAAAUCUACAUAAAACCUCAUUGGAAUGCUUGUUUCCAGAAACACAUGAUGAAAAAACACAAAAUGUUUAAAUGAAGACCCUCCAUGAUUUAUCUACUGUUCAUCUCUUCUUGCAGCAGCUGUAACCUGCCACAACUGUUUGGCUGAGCAGAUUUAGGAGGUAAACCUGCAGCUGCCCUGUCAUUUCGCUUGCUCUCCUCUCCUUGCUCUCCUCUGCUAAGUACUCAGUCCUGUUGAACAAUACGGAACAA